CACAGGCGCGCAGUACAUAUGUUUUCUUGUUCCAUACACCAUUUUAACUACCACUCAUCAUGCUAAUCUCUCCUAUUCAAUAUACCGAUCAUACCAAUAUCAAAUUUGAUUUUGAAGAUUUUAUUAAGGAAGAAUUAGGUUUGGACUUGACAAACUUUUCCAAACGUGAAGAUGAACCAGUAUGUAAAUAUUUUUUAAAAGGAACUUGUACAAAAGGUGCACAAUGUCCAUUCAAACACAGAGGAGCAGAUAGGGACAAGUUAGUAGUAUGUAAACACUGGCUAAGGGGUUUAUGCAAAAAAGGUGAUCGCUGUGAGUUUCUCCAUGUAUUUAAUAUGAAGAAGAUGCCAGAAUGUUGGUUUUAUUCCAAGUAUGGAGAAUGUUGUAAUGGUGAUGAAUGUAUGUAUCUUCAUAUUGAUCCGGAAAGCAAGCAAAAAGAAUGUCCAUGGUAUGCUCGUGGGUUUUGUAAACAUGGACCUCAUUGCCGUCAUAAACAUGUUCGUAAAAUGGUAUGUCAAGCUUAUCUAACUGGGUUUUGUCCGGAUGGUUUAAAUUGUCCUAAUGGGCAUCCUAAAUAUGAACUACCACUUAGCAAUAACAGUGAAGAAAUACAGCAACAACCUCAACAACAAUUACAACAGCAACAACAACAGCAGCAGCAGGACAAUCAACCGCAAGAUCAUCAACAUCAAAAACGACAGCUUCAAUCUCAGCAGCAUUCAUAUCAAUCACACCAACAGCAACCAUUUUACUCACAACAACAACAUCAACAACAACAACGGCAUCAAAAUGGUGAUAACAGGCAGGGUUUUCAGAGAACUCCUUAUCGAAAACUGGAAGAUGUAACAUGUUACAAAUGUGGAGAGCAAGGUCAUUAUGCAAACAAGUGUCCCAAUGGACGUACAGGUGGCAUGUGAAAUAAAUUAUUAUAUGUUCAUAUUUCUAGUUUGUUUGUUUUUGUUUGUGGUUUUUUUUUUAUGAUAAGUGUCUAUUUUAUAAUAAAAGUAUAUCACAAUGGAUAAAUCCUCUUGGAUGAUGCCUAUUUUUCAAUGACAACCAACUUUGAUGAACAUACUAUGUCGUGUUGGCAGAUGAUCAAUCAAUUUUAUUGGUCAAACGAGAAGUAAAUUUUAUGACCGCCUUUCAAUCAGGAUCAUGUGCCCGAUAACAAGAUUGAUU